AUGGCGCUCCAACCGACUCCAGACCAGAAGAUUGACAGACAGACGACGACGCCCUUCCUCCUGCGACUCUACUACCGAUCCAAUGGCUUUCACUCACCCAACGAAUUCUCGACAGUGCCGCCGCCAUCUUGGUUACAACAGUCCAGUCUGCAAAUCUACACCUGGCCUUCAUGUACUCUCGCCGAAUUGACCACUCUUCUCACCUCCGCCCUACCGAAUCUGCUUCCCUCACCAUCUGUCGGCACUCGCAUCGGCUACCGUCUAGUCUUCCCAGAUACGCGAAGUGUUCCCUCGUCAGGCGGCUCAGAUGCGCCAGGACGAUGGUUAUCAAAAGAGCUCGGUAGUGUGAUUCUAGGACAAAGCAACGACUACGAUCAAGACAACGAUCCCGCUGGUCUUGGACGUAUGGAUGGCGACGCGCAAAAGACUCUGGCAGACGCCCGCUUUGUCAUUGGCGACUACAUUUCAUGCGCUAUCUUCCCUCCCUUGGCCGAUGGCUCUGUCGCUCCUUUGCCCCCUGCUACACCCGCCAUCAGAGGCACUUCUGGUCGAGGAGGUCCACCACCACGCGGCGAGAACGGUCGUCCACCCAGGUCAGGAAGAGGUCAAUUUGCUGGAGAUAGAGCCUUUGGCCCACAAGGUGUUCCUCAUGGCGAGUGGAGACGAGGCGAGAGAGUGCCUGAAUACGCCCGCUCAGGAAGAAAUGGCGGUGGUGAACGUGAGCGUGAACGUGGAGGAGGAAGAAACAGGCCUUAUUGA